GUUGCCACUUCUCGUUUGUCCGCCAUCCUUGAGGCAGUCAGUGCAGAAGGGCAAGGAAGGGCUGAUAGAAGGCACAAACAAGUUGGCCCUCCAUCCAUACAACAUGCUGUCCAGGCUCGUUAUACUUUCAGCUAAUGCCCUGAAAAGCAGCAGUCCCCUUGGAGCUGGGCUGGUCCAGGCUUCAGGCUCUCUGCACACGUCCUCCCAAUGUCUGGCCCCGGUGCCACCUCUUCCAGAGACGGGGAGCAAAGUCCGUCAUGGCAUCUUCCCAGAGGAGCUUUUCCAGCUCCUGUACCCCAAAACUGGAGUAACGGGACCCUACAUGCUGGGUGCUGGUCUCAUCACCUACCUGCUCUCCAAGGAACUCUACGUCAUUAACCACGAAACCUUGAUUGCCAUCUCUGUCGGCACAGUCAUUGUCCUUGGCGUCAAAAAGUAUGGCGCAAGCGUGGCGGCUUUUGCUGACAAACUGAACGAGGACAAAGUUGCCAAGGCUCAGGAGGUGAAGGGUGGCGCCAUCGCCUCGCUGACGCAGGCCAUCGAGGAUGAAAAGAAAGAGCAGUGGCGAGUCGACGGACGAUCAAUGCUCUUCGACGCAAAGAGGAACAACGUGGCCAUGAUUCUGGAGACCAACUACAGAGAGAGGUUGCACAUGGUGACUAAUGAGGUGAAGAGGCGCCUGGACUACCAAGUGGCCCUGCAGGAUCUGCAGCGCCGCAUGGCCCAAGAGCACAUGGUCAACUGGGUGGAGAAGAAUGUUGUCGGCAGCAUCACGCCUCAGCAGGAGAAGGAGAGCAUCGCCAAGUGCAUCACGGACCUGAAGGCUCUGGCCAAAGCCACUCAGUCCAAAGCCACGGCCUAAACCGUCCUCUCUUCAGGAUGGGACGCUUGAAGCUCAUUGGCCCUUAGGCAGUUUCUGUCACUAUUGUGGGUGUGUACAGUUUUCCCCUUCAGCUGGUAGUCAAAUAAAUGAUUCUCUUAUUCCA